GAAGCGCUCGACGGGUCGACUGAAUACUUCCUUUCUCUGGAAGUCACCACGGGGUCUCAGGUAGACAAUGGCGAACGUUGGAGCCUGUUGCUGUGGCCCGCAGAUGACGGCUCGGAGCAGGUGGCAAACAAUGGCCUGCAGCUGCCACAAGCAACGAACGAUGCCGGGAGCAGCUCAUUUCGCUUGGCGGAGGUCCUCAGCCUCCGCGUUUCUGCUGGACGUGUGGCGCCGCGGAGUCUCGCGGAGGUAGUUCUCAUGGUGGACUGGAGCGCCACUGCAA